CAUUUUCAAAAUUACGAAAUAAGUAUAUUUGUUCUGUAAAAUCGACUAUGUGUACUUGCAAUCCAGAUACUAAUAGAGAAGAAUAUCACACUGCACUUUCCGAGUUUGAGACAACUCCAGAAGAUCUCCGUACAUCGACAAGAUAUUAUGAGGAUGAAUUUAGUCCAGAAUAUAUCUCGACUCCAAAAAGAACUAUACAGCAAGAUUAUCAACGUCCUAUUCCUCGAACCCGUUUAAGACCUACUCCACGUAGACUAGAUCUUACAACUGGAGUGGCCAUUGUUCCACGGCGAAUCGAUUUCGAUGCAGCAUCAGAUGUCGAGGAUACUGAGGAAGAUAUGGGCGGCAAGUUACAUCAUGAUCGAUGCAUAUUCAGAUAUGUAAAUAAUUUACACAAAAUCGUUAUAUUUUUCUAGAGCUAGCAAGAGAAACAUUAGAACGCUUGAGAAGUGCGGCACAACGUCCGACCCCUAUCUCCGAAUCGACUGUUGCUCCUGAAACGUAUAGAUCGAGACGUACAAGAGCAACGCAAUAUCCAGGGGACUACGGAAGACAAUACCCUAGAAUGGUUAGAGUUACACCUUGCGGGAAAUGCUUAAGAGUAAAUAAUUUAAUGCAUUUUCCUUCUUACGAUACACAGAUUGGUAUAUAAAUUUAAUAUGCCUCAAAUGAAAAACCAAUGCAAAUCUUUAAAUUUGAAUUAAAAUCUAUAUCCCGAGAAUAUUUCUGACCAAGUUUCCUAAAGCAAAGUGUGUGGUCAUCGCGAUCAAAGCUGACCUAGAGCUAGCCUUCCUACUAUUCCAAGCGCAGUUUUGGCUACCCUUUCUUCCGCCCAUAAAUUCGUUUUCUUUGAUUUUUACCCAUGUUUGCGUUUUGCGUCACUGUUUUUUUCC